AUGUCUGUUGCGUCGUUUCAUGGAGUUCCUUCUCUUGUGGAUGAAUCCGAGGAUGAAGAAGCUAUGGAGCAAAACGCGUUUCGAAUCGGAUCAGAAGAGUAUCUUCCGGAGGAUUUGCUAGUGGAGAUACUCUCAAAGGUUCCACUGGCAUCACUAGCAAGAUUCCGAUCAGUAUCCAAAAGAUGGAAAGUUCUGAUCAAUUAUUUGAGAUUCAAGAAGUCGUCUCAGAUCAUGUUGAUUGAUUCUAGGGUUUAUCUAGUGAGCAUUAAUUUACUUGGAGCUCAAGACAACGUUGUAAACAUAACAAGUCAGUUUAGCCUCAAAGAUCCUCUUUCUAGUUCUUCCAAAGAAGUCAAUAUUCGUGAGGUUUUUCACUGCCAAGGCUUGUUGUUAUGCACCACCGAAGACAGUAGACUAGUGGUUUGGAACCCAUGCUUAGAUGAAACCACUUGGAUCAAACCAAGAAGUUACUACGAGAGAUCUGACAUCUUUGCUUUAGGUAAAUCCUCAUGCAACAAGUACAAAAUCUUGAGGAUUGCUCUGCAUGGACCUAGACGUGCUUUUGAAUUUAUGAAGCCGCGCUUAUAUGAAAUCUAUGACUUUACCUCUAACUCAUGGAGGGUUGUACAUGAUGAAACUAAAGACUGGUCCAUUCUAGGGUUAGCGCGUCGCGGCACGUGCGUGGAUGGAAAUACUUACUGGCUUUCUUUUAGUUCAAGUCAACAGCUGUGGAUGGAUAUCUUACUAUGUUUCGACUUUUCAACGGAGAGAUUCACAAGUAUGCAUAUUCCUUCUUCUGGCAGAAUGUUUGCUUUGUCUAUGACUAGAGAAGAGCAAAAACUUUGUAUGUUAGCUUCUGUUGCCGCCGACGAUGUAGAUGUAUGGAUGGCAACCAAGAUUGAUGGUACUGGAGCCAUGUCAUGGAGCAAGUUCAUAACAGUGAAACGAGUCUAUAACAACCACCAAUGGAUGUUCUUAACUGGGAUGAAUUACUUGGUGGACGAGGAGAAUAAAGUAAUAGUGUGUCCUGGUAAAUCUUUGGACUCUGGCAGAUUCUUACACAUUAUGGGAGAGGAUAAGUGCAUACAAGUGGACAUGCAUGAUGCAGGAUCUAGAUGCUCACUUCUCCUCAACUAUGCUCCAACUCUGGUCUCUGCUUCAGAUAUUUUAUAAAACUAAAUGUUGGGUUUGCUACUUUAUUAUAUGUUUAAUUUUUCAUUUGGUCUCUGCUUCAGAUAUUUUAUAAAAAUAAAUGUUGGUUUAUUAUAUGUUGAAAUUU